UUCCGGGCCGCCCCGGCGGCUGCGUACUGGCUGUGGGAUGGGAAGUGAAGCCCCAGCGAGCGGCUGCGGCGGGGCUGUGCGGAGCAGCCAGCGGGAGGCGGCGGCGCGGCGGUGAGCAGCCGAGAGCGCGGAGCCGGGCGGAGGGAGCACCUGCAGGCACAGGCGGCGGCUCCACCAUGGCGAUUCGCAAGAAGAGCAACAAGAACCCGCCGCUGAUGAGCCACGAAUUCGUGCUGCAGAAUCACGCGGACAUCGUCUCCUGCCUGGCGAUGCUCUUCCUGCUGGGGCUUAUGUUCGAGAUAACAGCGAAAGGAGCCAUCAUCUUUGUUGCUCUUCAGUACAAUGUCACCCACCCUGCAACAGAAGAACAAGCUACUGAAUCAGCAUCCCUAUAUUACUAUGGUAUCAAAGAUUUGGCUACAGUUUUCUUCUACAUGCUAGUGGCGAUAAUUAUUCAUGCCAUAAUUCAGGAGUACGUGUUGGACAAAAUUAACCGACGGAUGCACUUCUCUAAAACGAAGCACAGCAAGUUUAACGAGUCUGGUCAGCUCAGUGCAUUCUACCUUUUUGCCUGUGUGUGGGGCACGUUCAUUCUCAUCUCCGAAAACUAUAUCUCAGACCCAACUAUCCUGUGGAGAGCAUAUCCCCAUAACCUGAUGACAUUCCAGAUGAAGUUUUUCUACAUCUCCCAGCUGGCGUACUGGCUCCACGCGUUCCCUGAACUCUACUUCCAGAAAACCAAAAAGGAAGAUAUCCCUCGUCAGCUUGUCUACAUCGGCCUUUACCUCUUCCAUAUUGCUGGAGCUUAUCUUCUGAACUUGAAUCACCUGGGCCUUGUUCUUCUGGUGCUGCACUAUUUCGUUGAAUUUCUUUUCCACAUUUCUCGUCUAUUUUAUUUUAGUGACGAGAAGUAUCAGAAAGGGUUUUCUCUCUGGGCGGUUCUUUUUGUUUUGGGAAGACUUCUUACCCUAAUUCUUUCCGUUCUUACUGUUGGUUUUGGCCUGGCGAGAGCAGAGAAUCAGAAGCUGGACUUUAGUAGUGGAAACUUCAACGUGCUGGCCGUUAGGAUCGCUGUUCUCGCGUCCAUUUGCAUCACACAAGCCUUCAUGAUGUGGAAGUUCAUUAACUUCCAGCUUCGGAGGUGGAGGGAACAUUCUGCCUUCCAGGCCCCACCUGUGAAAAGGAAACCGGCUGUGACCAAAGGCAGGUCCUCCAGAAAAGGAACAGAGAACGGUGUGAACGGCACAGUCACAUCAAAUGGAGCGGAUUCCCCGCGGAACAGGAAAGAGAAGUCUUCGUAAUGGAUGGAAACUGACUGGUUAAUGUCCCCCAAAGAAUCUGCUUUCUACUGUCUUUCAGCACUAGCAACUUUUCUUUUCUUGAAAAUACAGUUUAUGCUCUUUGAUUUUUGCUGUUGUACUGUUCCUGCAUCAUAAAGGGCAUUGGAGGGGAGGAUGGUCACUCUGAACGAGAACGGAUUUUAGCUUAGACUCAGCUACCUGCCUUCAAAAUAGUUUAGGGACCAUUUCUUAUUUUUGUUUUGUUUUGUUUUUGAUUUUUUGGUUUUUUUUUUUUUUUGUUUUUGAUUUUUGUCUUUAAUGUUGUUUCUAAUGGUUUGGGGAAAAACUAUUUACAAACCCCUAUAUAACCAGUGAACAUUUUUCUUGCUCUCACCAAUUUUUUUACAAUAUUAUAGCAAGGUGACCUGUUCUAAGAAGGUCAUAUUUUUUAAGUUGUCUUUCAGGGUAAAGUGGAAAUACUAUAAAGUCAGAUGUCAAACUUUUAAUGUUUUCAGUGUUCUCUAAUUUUUAGGAGUUUUUUUGUAGCCUUUACACCUGAAAAAAAUUUGUAAAAUCACCAAAAUAAUUGUGUGCUUUAUUUUCUAAGUCGUGGUUGUACAUGUCACAUCCCAUUCAGAAGUCCUGAUAGCUGCUGUGGGGUGUCUUGCCACCGACUGCAGCAGAUGUCUCGUUGACACAGGAGGUGACGUCUUCGUGCAUUCUCAACAUUUAUCAACUGGCAAUCAGAAAAUGUUUACUGUGAAGAGGAAUAUUCAGCUUACAUAGCCCUUUUUGAUAUGUUCAGUAAUGAUUCUUCACGGGGCUUGUAAGUUUGAUAUGCAUAGCAUCUUAAUGAGAUACCAUUUAACCUGCAAGCCCUUUUAAAAAAGUAAGGCCUACUUGAUUUCUAUCUAUAAAAAAAGGUGUCGGGUAAUUAUAUUUGGGAAACUAAUGCACUAACUUUAAGGAAAUUGAAAAUUCAGGUGGAUGGUCUUACCAGAAGACAUGCUUAUGUUAUAGAUUUGGACCCAUCUUUAAUUGAGAAACGUUUAUCUGUAUAAAACAUAUUUUUGGAUAAAUAUAUAUAUAUAUAUAUUUGUAUCUACAGAAAGGCUCUAAAAAGCAUUUGAGUAAAUCCUGGUUCCCUUUUCUAUGCCUGUCCUCGCAUCCUGCGCCUGGUCUGUCCACUGCCGUUCAGCACGUGCUCCACUGUUCCUGUUUCUCACUCUGUCACCAGCUAAGACGUGUCCGUGCCGUGUUGACUAGAUGAAUAGAGCAGCCACAAGUCUCAGGCCUGUGGCUAAGUUGCCAUGCUGCUGGAAAGCCCUGCUCUCUCUUCUCUAGCUGUUUACCUACUUCCUGGGAAAAGUAGUCACUCUCUGUAGCAGUACCAAGUUUCAGUGGAACCAAAUUUCUGCCCUUAAAACUGGCAUUAUAUUGAACGAUACAUUGAGAAAUCAAUCGAAAUAAAAAAUUUUUACUUUCA